UUAAAAAGAGCGUUCCUAAACCAAAACCCUAAACCCCGCCUUCCUUCUCGAGUUUCUUGUUCCUCUCCGUCUCCGAGAGAGGAGACGAAGAAGAAGAAGAAAAUGGGGAAGGCGAAGGGAAAGCAUCGGUUGGAUAAGUAUUACUACCAGGCUAAGGAGCUGGGUUAUCGCUCUCGUGCUGCCUUCAAGAUCGUCCAACUCGAUGCCAAAUUCCGAUUCCUGUCCUCUGCCAGGUCUCUUCUGGACCUCUGUGCCGCCCCUGGUAGCUGGAUGCAGGUCGCCGUCAAGCACAUGCCCGUCGGUAGCUUCGUCCUCGGCGUCGACCUCUUCCCGAUCAAGCCCAUGCGGGGCGCCGUCUCCAUCGAAGCCGACAUCACCACCUCCAAGUGCAGGUCCGAGAUCCGGAAGAGGCUCAGCGAGAGCGGCCGCAACAUGUUCGACGUCGUCCUCCACGAUGGUUCUCCCAAUGUUGGCGGAGCCUGGGCUCAGGAGGCCACCAGCCAGGCUGCCCUUGUCGUGGACGCCGUCAAGCUCGCCGUCGAUUUCCUGGCGCCGAAGGGCACCUUCGUCACCAAGGUUUUUCGAUCACAGGACUACAAUGCCAUUUUGUACUGCAUGAAGCAGCUUUUUGAAAAAGUUGAGGUAACUAAACCUGAUGCUAGCCGGUCUUCAUCGGCUGAAAUUUAUGUCAUUGGUCUGAAGUACAAGGCUCCUGCAAAGAUUGAUCCACGUCUUCUUGACAUGAAAUAUCUGUUCCAAGGUGCUCUAGAGCGUCCAAAGGUGGUGGAUGUUCUUCGAGGAACAAAGCAGAAAAGAAACCGGGAAGGGUAUGAGGAUGGUGAUACAACUUUAAGAAAGGUUUGUCUGGCUUCCGACUUUGUAUGGUCGGAGACACCACUUGAGAUACUUGGAUCUGUCACAUCAAUAUCCUUUGAUGAUUCUGCUUGUGCACCCAUCAAAGAUCAUGAUUUAACAACCGAAGAGAUCAAAGUGCUCUGUGAUGAUCUACGUGUUCUGGGGAAGCAUGACUUUAAGCAAUUAUUGAAGUGGCGCAUGAACGUACGCAAAGCGUUAUCUCCCAAAAAAGAAAUUGUACCUAAGCCGGCCGAUGGGAAUGAGGGGAAUAAGCUAGACGAUGAUGAUCGUAUGCUUAAUGAAAUGGAGGAGUUGACUCGUAUUAUGGAGCGUAAAAAGAAACGAGCAAAGAAACUUCUUGUGAAACGACGGGCAAAGGUGAAGGCUCGAAAGGCUACAGGAAUCCAACUAGAUGAUAUAGCAGAUGAUUAUACUGAUAUGGAGCUAUUUUCUCUGUCUUCAAUCAAGGGGAAGAAGGGCCUGCAAGCUGUCGGCUCCACAGACGUUGAUGUUGAGAUAGGUGAUAGAAGAGAAAGUGAAAGUGAGGAUGAUCAUGCAGCUCCAGAUAAUGAUCACUCUUCUAGUGAUCUUGAUUCUGAGCAGGAGCGUGAGCGGUAUGACAAUAUGCUUGAAGACUGCCUUGAUCAGUUAUACGAUAGCUUUGUGUCUAAAACUGAAGGGAAGGCCAAGAAAAGAAGGCGGAGAAGGGAGGCACUUUCUAGUUCUAAUGAUGAACUGUGGAAGGCUGGCGAGGAGAAUGUUGGUACUGAUGAUGAUUUUGACCAAGAAGAUGAAGACGGGGAAGCAAAUCCUUUGAUGGUGCCACUGCACGUGGAACCAAAACUAGUACAGGAGGAGAUUACUGAACAAUGGUUCAGUCAGGAUGUCUUCUCAACAGUUCCCAAGGAAAAUCAUACAAGCGAUGAAAGUGAGGAUGAAUUGGAGGACAAGAUGCCACUGGGUCCACCUGCCAUAGGAAAGCUCGAUGCUCCUGACGCUCCACCUCUCAUACAACCUGACCCUGUUGGUUCCAAGGUUGUUCAAGAGGAUGAUUUUGAAAUUGUACCUUCUGAGCGUUCUGAUUCCAGUGAUGAUUCAUCUUCAGACGAUGAGUCAGGAUAUGAUACAGACUCCAAGGCUGAAAUAUUAGCGUAUGCCAAGAAAAUGUUGAGAAAGAAGCAGAGGGAGCAGAUACUGGACGAUGCCUAUGGAAGAUACAUGUUUGAUGACGAAGGUUUGCCUUCAUGGUUUGUGGAAGAAGAGAAGAAACAUUGUCAACCUAUCAAACCUGUGACGAAAGAAGAGAUUGCUGCGAUGAAAGCACGUUUUCGAGAGAUUGAUGCACGCCCUUCUAAGAAGGUAGCAGAAGCCAAAGCACGGAAGAAGAAGGCUGCAAUGAGGCAACUGGAGAAGGCACGCCGCAAGGCUUCUUCAAUUUCUGAUCAAACUGAUAUACCAGAACGGUCAAAGAGGAAGAUGAUCGAUAAGCUGUAUAAGACUGCGAUGCCCAAAAAGCCUGAGAAGAAGUACGUGGUUGCAAAGAAGGGUGUCCAAGUGAAGACUGGUAAAGGCACUCUUUUAGUUGAUCGGCGCAUGAAGAAGGACAAGAGGAGUCGUGGGGGAGGCAGGCCUGGGAAGAAGGGCAAGGGAAAGAAAAUGAAACCUGCCAAGGGUCCUAACAGCAAAGGGGCUGGGAGAGGCUCUGUUAUGAAAAGGAACAGGGCAAGCAAGAGGCAGAAGAUGAGCACGAACGACUGAUGCCCUGUUAGAUUGGAACAUGGACAUAAUUGCGAGAUGUUGGCAGAGCUGCACGCACCAAGUUAAGAAAGUUCAUUAUUCAUGUCAUUUUGUGUGUCGGGGCUUCCAAGGGUAAGGAAGCAGGACAGGAAUGGGGAAAGGAUCCGUAGUUACCAUCAACAUCAUCUACGGUGGAGAGGUCAAUUUCUAUCGGUUACGUGGGGUUUGUUUGACACAUGAUUCUUUCACGAACUUGAUGAAAUCUUGAGCUGUUGGAUUUGAAGCUCAUGGGGGGAGUCGCACUUUGGGUAGUCCGGGAUAACUGGAGACGAGUGUAUAUUUCUCGGCAGUCGGCCGUUCUGUCUUUUUGAUCGUUUACAAUCCAUUCGAAUUAAAACUUUCUUUCUCUC